AUGGCUGGCAGGAACGUGAUCUCCGAUGACGAAGAUGAUGUUGGGGUUGGAGAAGAGAGAGAAGAAGAGCCCUACGCAGAGCAAGGUGAUGAUCGGGAUGAUGAUGAUGAUGAGGAAGAGGAAGAAGAAGAAGGCGAAGAUGAGUACGAGAAAGAUGGUUUCAUUGUCGAUGAUGUUGAUGAGGAAGAGGACGAGGGGGAAGAAGAUCGAGUUGAUAGCGACGAGGAGAGACAGAAGAAAAAGAAAAGAAAAAAAAGGGAGUCAGAGAGGAAUUAUGUCCUUGAUGAGGAUGAUUAUGAACUCCUUCAGGAAAGCAAUAUAUCUGUGCCUCGUCCAAAACUUGAGAGUAAAAAGUUCAAGCGACUGAAAAAAGCUCGGAGGGAUGCAGAAGAAGAGCCGUCUGGGCUUUCAGAUGAAGAAGAGUUUGAUGGCAGUGGAAGCGGCGGUCGUACAGCUGAAGAGAAGCUGAAACGCAGCUUGUUUGGUGAUGAUGACGGGCAACCGCUUGAGGAUAUUGCUGAGGAGGAUGAGCAGUUGGAAGAAGAGGAUGCAGACAUUGACGAUGAAAAUGAGAUGGCAGAUUUUAUUGUUGAUGAAGAAGAAAUUGAUGAGCAUGGAGCUCCUGUGAGGAGAAAAAAGGUUAAGAAGAGCAGGCACCGACCAGGAAUUUCCUCUUCAGCCCUCCAGGAAGCUCACGAAAUAUUUGGUGAUGUUGAAGAUCUCUUGAGAAUUCGCAAGUUGGAGGUGAGCGACAGGUAUGGUGAAACCGGUGAAAGAAGCCUUGAAGAUCAGUUUGAUCCAAGUAUACUUUCUGAGAAGUAUAUGACAGAGAAGGAUGACCGAAUUCGGGAAAUAGACAUUCCUGAGAGAAUGCAGAUAUCUGAGGAAAGUACCGGCCAUCCUCCAACAGAUGACAUUAGUAUCAAAAUGGAGACUGAGUGGAUAUACAAUCAGCUAGUUAGCGGUACUGUUCCUUUGUUUAACAAGAGCGGUUCAGAGGAGGUGGAUGAUGAACUGAAGCGCCACAUAGCAAGAUUCCUGGAAUUGAUGCACGUUCAAAAGUUGGAUGUUCCAUUCAUUGCUAUGUACAGAAAAGAGGAGAUUUUGAGCCUAAUAAAGGACUCAAAUGAGUCUGAAACGGACAUUGAUAAUGAUCCAGACCACAAGCCUAAGCUGAAGUGGCACAAGGUAGGCCUUUGGUUACGCAUGUACUGCACUGGUACUUAUUUAUCUGUAACUGUUUAUUAUGAAGCAUCUUUAGGCGUGAAAAUUUCUCAUAUGGUGCUUUGGACAAUCCAGGAUUUGGAUCAGAAAUGGCUUCUUCUUCAGAAAAGAAAGAGUGCGCUGCAGUCCUACUACAGCAAGCGUUUUGAAGAAGAGAAUAGAAGAAUAUAUGAUGAGACACGCCUCAAUUUGAAUCAGCAACUUUUUGAAUCAAUUACUAAAUCGCUUAAAGCUGCUGAUUCAGAAAGAGAAGUUGAUGAUGUAGAUUUGAAAUUUAACUUGCACUUCCCGCCCGGUGAAGUUGUCUUAGACGAAGGGCAGUUUAAGAGGCCUAAGAGAAAGUCACAUUACAGCAUUUGUAGUAAAGCUGGACUGUGGGAGGUCGCGAGCAAAUUUGGUUAUAGCUCCGAACAAUUUGGCUUGCAGAUUUCUCUCGAAAAAAUGAGGAUGGAUGAACUGGAGGAUGCAAAGGAAGCACCAGAGGAAAUGGCCUCUAAUUUCACCUGUGCGAUGUUUGAGACACCUCAAACCGUGUUGAAAGGUGCAAGGCACAUGGCAUCUGUAGAGAUUAGCUGUGAGCCAUCUGUACGGAAGCAUGUCCGUAGCAUCUUUAUGGAUAAUGCUGUAGUUUCAACCCGUCCAACACCUGAUGGGAACACGGCUAUUGAUUCAUUUCAUCAGUUUGCUGGAGUUAAGUGGUUGCGGGACAAGCCACUUACUAGAUUUGAUGAUGCGCAGUGGCUUCUGAUUCAGAAGGCCGAAGAGGAGAAGCUCUUGCAAGUUACUAUCAAGCUACCGGAAGUGGUCCUUGAGAAGUUAAUCAGUGAUUCAAAAGAUUACUAUCUGAGUGACGGUGUUAGUAAAUCUGCGCAGCUAUGGAAUGAACAGAGGAAGCUAAUUCUUCAUGAUGCCUUUUACAGUUUUCUUUUACCUUCAAUGGAAAAGGAAGCGAGAUUGUUGCUGGCGAGUAGAGCAAAAGCCUGGUUACUUGCGGAGUAUGGGAAGGUGUUGUUGGAAAAAGUAUCUGUUUCUCCAUAUCAGCGGAAAGAAAGUGAUAUCAGUUCAGAUGAAGAAACUGCACCAAGGGUCAUGGCAUGCUGCUGGGGCCCAGGAAAGCCUGCUACAACUUUCGCAAUGCUGGAUUCAUCUGGAGAAGUUUUAGAUGUACUACAUGCUGGUUCUCUCAGUGUUCGUGGUCAAAGUAUUAAUGAACAGCAACGCAAGAAAAAUGAUCAGCAGCGAGUGCAAAAAUUUAUGAUGGACCAUCAGCCGCACAUCGUUGUUUUAGGAGCUGCUAAUUUGUCUUGUACCCGGUUGAAGGAGGAUAUUUAUGAGAUCAUCUUCAAAAUGGUGGAAGAUAAUCCUAGAGAUGUUGGUCACGAAAUGGAUAACCUGAACAUUGUCUAUGGUGACGAGUCUCUUCCACAUUUAUAUGAAAAUUCCCGCAUUUCAGUUGAUCAGCUUCCUUCACAGGAAGGUAUUAUUCGUCGUGCUGUGGGUCUAGGACGGUAUCUUCAGAAUCCAUUAGCCAUGGUUGCCACACUUUGCGGGCCAGGUAAGGAGAUAUUGUCUUGGAAAUUAAAUCCAUUGGAGAACUUUCUUACUCCCGAUGAGAAGUAUGGGAUGGUGGAACAAGUUAUGGUGGACGUGACAAACCAAGUCGGUCUUGAUCUUAAUCUGGCUUCUAGUCAUGAAUGGUUGUUUGCUCCUCUGCAAUUCAUUUCUGGGCUGGGUCCCAGGAAAGCAGCUUCUCUGCAGAGGUCUCUGGUAAGAGCAGGAGCCAUUUUCACACGGAAAGACCUGUUGACGUCCCAUGGUCUGGGUAAAAAGGUUUUUAUUAAUGCUGUUGGAUUCCUGCGAGUGCGGCGUAGUGGAUUGACUUCAAGUAGUAGCCAAUUUAUCGAUUUGUUAGAUGACACAAGAAUACAUCCCGAAUCUUAUAGUCUGGCACAAGACUUGGCCAAGGAUAUCUACCGGGAGGAUGGAAAUGAUGACGCGAAUGAUGAUGAUGAUGUGCUGGAAAUGGCUAUUGAGCAUGUAAGGGAGAAGCCUCAUUUAUUGAGAGCUGUUGAUGUUCAUGAAUAUGCUGAACAGAAGAACCGCCUCAACAAGAAAGAAACCCUUAAUGAUAUAAGAUUGGAGUUGAUGGAAGGAUUUCAGGACAGGCGCAGACCAUUUGUAGAACCAAGUCAGGAUGAUGAGUUUUAUUUGAUAUCGGGAGAGAGUGAAGAAGCACUUGCUGAGGGAAGAAUUGUGCAAGCAACGGUGCGCAGGGUGCAACCUCAGAGAGCGAUUUGUAUCCUUGAAUCUGGAUUGACAGGCAUGCUUAAUAAAGAGGAUUAUGCUGAUGAUUGGAGGGAUAUUAACGACUUAAAUGAUAGGUUGCAUGAAGGUGAUAUCUUAACUUGCAGAAUCCGUUCCAUUGUGAAGAAUCGCUAUCAGGUGAUUUUAACUUCCAGAGAUAGUGAAAUAAGGAACAGCCGUCACCAGAACCAUCGUAUUAUGGAUCCCUACUAUCACGAAGAACAGAGCACCUUACAUACUGCACAGGAAAAGGCUCGUAAAAACAAGGAGCUCGCGAGGAAGCAUUUUAAACCAAGGAUGAUUGUUCAUCCUCGUUUCAAAAAUGUAACAGCUGAUGAAGCAAUUGAGUUUCUAUUGGACAAGGAUCCUGGUGAAAGUGUUGUCCGUCCUAGUUCUCGUGGGCCUUCAUUUUUGACUUUGACGCUGAAAGUUUAUGAUGAUGUAUAUGCUCACAAGGAUAUAGUUGAAGGUGGGAAGGAACACAAGGAUAUUACAAGCUUGCUUCGGAUAGGAAAAACACUGAAAAUUGGAGAGGAUACUUUUGAAGAUCUUGAUGAGGUAAUGGACCGCUAUGUGGAUCCAUUGGUUUCCCAUCUAAAGUCCAUGCUAAAUUACCGAAAGUUCAGGAGGGGUAACAAGAGCGAAGUAGACGAGCUCCUUAAAAUCGAGAAGGCCGAGAAUCCAAUGAGGAUAGUGUAUGGCUUUGGGAUUUCUCACGAACACCCUGGCACAUUCAUAUUGACCUACAUACGGAGCUCUAACCCACACCACGAGUACAUAGGUCUAUACCCCAAAGGGUUUAAGUUCCGGAAAAGAAUGUUUGAAGAUAUAGACCGUCUUGUAGCUUAUUUUCAGAGGCAUAUUGAUGAUCCGCACGAUUCUGCCCCAUCGAUAAGAUCAGUUGCUGCAAUGGUUCCUAUGAGGAGCCCUGCAGCUGGUGAUGGUGGUGGCUGGGGUGGUUCGUCCAAUGAUGGUGGUGGAGGUGGCGGCGGCUGGAGAGGGGGUGAUAGAGAUAGGGGUUCCGGUUCUAGAUCAGGAUUAUUACUGGGAAAAUGUAGUAUAUGUGACAGUGCUAACUGUGUGAUGACUGAUGCAUUCAUUUGGAACGCUGCUGCUUUUUAUUUUAGUUCGUCUUUGUUUUUCAUGCAAUUGUUGCAUUGGAGUCCUUACAGCUCUUCCAGUGCACAUGAUGAACCAAUGAUUGAAGAAGACGACGAUGAUGAUGAUGAUGACGUGGAUGAAGAUGAUGCUGAAGGUCAAGAAGACGGCAGUGGCAGGGCAAAGCAAAGCCGAAGUGAGAAGAAGAGCCGCAAGGCAAUGCUCAAACUUGGAAUGAAACCCAUUCUUGGGGUCACCCGAGUCACCAUUAAGAAGAGCAAAAAUAUCCUUUUCGUCAUCUCGAAGCCAGACAUCUUCAAAAGCCCAAAUUCGGACACAUACGUUGUGUUUGGCGAUGCAAAGAUUGAGGAUUUGAGCUCACAGUUGCAAACUCAAGCUGCAGAACAAUUCAAGGCUCCUCACUUAAAUCAUGCUGCACCAAAGACCGAGCCAUCUGUUUUGGCCCAGGAUGAUGACGUGGAUGAUGUGGACGAGAGUGGAGUCGAGCCAAAGGACAUCGAGCUCGUGAUGACUCAGGCUGGGGUCUCCCGAGCCAGGGCAGUCAAAGCUCUCAAGGAAUCAGAUGGAGAUAUUGUCUCUGCAAUCAUGGAUCUCACCAACUAGAUCGAGGUUCGUAUUUCGGCAUUUUUUUUUUUUUUUUGGGUNUACGCUAAAU